AUGGUGCAUUAUAAAAAUCCAUAUAUAAAUUACAUACGAAGAAAACCGUUGGCAUUACUAGCUCCAAUUACAUUACUAAUUAUAAUUUAUUUUUAUUUUUCAUCAGCUUCAUCAUCAACUCCAAAACCAAAAUAUAGUUAUAACAAAAAAUCAAAAGGUUGGUUUUCAAAUAAUAAAGAUUCUUCACUUAUAUUAAAAAAUUUACCAAAAAAUCAUAUAAAACAUUUUGAUUUAAAUAAAUUAACUAUAUCACCUGAUGCUUUAGCUAAAAAGGAAGAAAUAUUAAUUUUAACACCAAUGUCAAAAUUCUUACCUGAAUAUUGGGAAAAUUUAAAUAAAUUAACUUAUGAUCAUUCAUUAAUUUCUUUAGGUUUUAUAUUCCCUAGAAAUAAUGAUGGUGAUGAAGCUUUAAAAAGUUUAGAACAUGCUUUAAAAGUUUCAAAAACUAAUAAUAAAUUAAAUUUCAAAAAAGUUACAUUGUUGAGACAAGAUUCAAAUUCUUUAAAUAGUCAAUUAGAAAAAGAUAGACAUGCUUUUAAAGUUCAAAAAGAAAGAAGAUCAAUGAUGGCAUUAGCUAGAAAUUCUUUGGUGUUCACAUGUUUGGAUCCUUCAACUUCUUGGGUAUUAUGGUUAGAUGCAGAUAUUGUUGAAACUUCACCAAGUUUAAUUCAAGAUUUAACAUCUCAUGAUAAAGCAGUAUUAUCUGCUAAUGUUUAUCAAAGAUUCUAUGAUGAUAAAUUGAAUGCAGAUUCAAUAAGACCUUAUGAUUUUAAUAAUUGGGUAGAAAGUGAAGAAGGUUUAAAAAUCGCAAAUGGUUUAGCUGAUGAUGAAAUUAUUGUUGAAGGAUACUCAGAAAUGGCAACUUAUAGACCAUUAAUGGCUCAUUUUUAUGAUGCAAAUGCUGAUAAAAAUACUGAAAUGGCUUUAGAUGGUGUUGGAGGAGGUGCUGUAUUAGUAAAAGCUGAUGUUCAUAGAGAUGGUGCAAUGUUUCCUUCUUUUCCAUUUUAUCAUUUAAUUGAAACUGAAGGAUUUGCUAAAAUGGCUAAAAGAUUAGGUUAUGAAGUUUUUGGGUUACCAAAUUAUUUAGUUUAUCAUCAUAAUGAAUAA